AUGGAAGCGAUUUGGAACUUUCUUGGCUGCACUUCUCUCGAGAAAGCUGAGCGUGCGGACAAAGAUGCAUCAGACAUGCAGCUCAGUGCGUUUGAGUUCCGGCAUUACCGCACUGGGUUGGAGCAAAGUCAGCAAAAAUUGGUGGAAAGAGUUGUGAACCAAUGGGUUGCCAUGCUGGUCAAGGGCAUCAUAAUCAGGGUCAACGGCUUCGAGGAGAAGACUUUCCUGGACAAAGACCUAUUAAACUUGGAACUGAGUGGUGAGCUCUAUCCUUUGGAUGCCUUGUGUCGAAUGGAGAUGCGCAAGGAGUCUGACGAUGUCGUUAUGAAUGUUCCGUGGAUCCUGGACCUAGCUUUUGAUUUUGAGGAAGGCGAAACUGUGCUCUCAUUCAGCUUCGAGCACGAGCGUCACCGUCUUCAGUUUGCACUCAUGCUCCGUAUCUUGCGCACUCGCAACCCGCACUUGAAUCUUGCUGGUGCGUUUGAGGUGGUGAACAAAGACGAGGAUGAUGAGGAUAAUGCAGGCAAUUCAAACUUCAACAAGGUUGUCACUUCAACACGCUACGAUGUCCAAGGGACUGGCAUCACAGUUGUUAUUAGUGUCGGCUCUUUAAACAUCCAUCAGCAUCUUCGCUGCAACAAUCGGCAUGUUUACCUCGAGCUCUUCUCUGACUACCCGCGGCGAGACAAGUAUUUAUAUGCAAAGUCAAGCUACAACAACCUGCCGGGAGCCGUGUUGCUAGGGGAUGCUGAUGGCAAAAACACUCGCAAGGAGGAUGAAAGUGCAGCCCAAGCAGAGAACCGGAAGGGUAACAAGGACCAGAACCUCUGCACCAUCAACUUCGACUUAAAGAACGUCAAGCUGAAGAUCCCGAAAGUCCCAUUCAUCAUCUAUGGUCGGCUCAUGGUCAAAGACGACUUCUUCCCAACAGUCGUUGCCAUGUUUGAGCUUCCAAUAUCAAAGGCCAAUCUGCAUGACAUUCGCGAGGCUACGGACAAGCCCACCAGGUCUCCAGAAACUGUAGAACUGCCACUGCGUCGAAGCUGGAAGGGUGACGACGGACCAGAGGAAAUUGCAACCUUGACAGUGCGCUUCCUUGGCUAUGUGACUGACGACACUACGAGAAAGAAGCAGCAGUCAGGCAACAAGGCAGGGGCUGAGAGUGCUAGGUCUAGCGAAGAUGAAGAAGGAGAGGAGGAGGAAGAAGAAGAAGAGGAAGAAGAGGAAGAAGAGGAAGAAGAGGAGGAAGAAGAAAGUGAGGAAGCUGACGGUCAAGUCCAAGAAAGCUCAAGUGCCGGCAGCCAGUUGAACUCGUCAGCAAGCUCAGCGUAG